AUGCUUACCUUGAGCUUUUUAGCUUUCGCAUUUGCGGGUCUCUCUCUUGCUCGCCCGCAAAUCCACUCCGACGGCCUCCAUGCAAGAGAGGAGGUGCCACUCAGUAAUGCAUUUGACAACCCUUCAAGCACAGUGUCAGCAAUGCCAACCUAUACACCACCACCGCCUCCCCCCAAAACACGAAAGCUGGGUCACGCAAUCGUGAACAAUAACUGCGACUUCACUGUUUAUCUCUGGUCUGUCGGCACGAAUGUGCAACCCGUUCAAACUCUAAACCCUUCCGACUCGUACGAUGAGAUCUUCCGCGAAGACCCGAACACGGGCGGCAUUGCAAUUAAGCUCAGCACCGACGUUGAUGGACUGUAUACGAGUGCGCCACAGAUGGUCUUUGCCUAUAAUCUCUCUUAUUUCAAGCGUCGAGGGGACAAUGGCGAGAAAGUGUGGUACGAUCUCUCUGAUGUCUUUGGUGAUCCUUUCGAGGGAUAUCCUGUUAGUCUUACACCCGCCGAACCCUCUAUUCAUUGGCGGAACGGUGUGCCCCCUGCUGGGAGUCAAGUCAGAGUCAUUGCUUCGUCGACCACUUUGACGUUGUCACUUUGUUAA